UUUUUGGGGAUCCCUGAGGGGACUUUGGGAUAAUUUAGGGAUCCAUGAGGGAAUUUCGAGAUCCCCGGGGAAAUUUGCGAUCCCAGGGGGAUUUUGGGAAGUCCCUGGGUGGAGUUGGGGUACUCCGGGACGCCGUUUUUGGGGAGCCGCGCUGGGGGUUCCCUCACAACGCGCCCUUUGCCGCCCCCACCUUCUCCCACAUCUUCCCUUUUCUUCGGGAUAUCCUUGGAUUCGGGCUUUCCCUGGAAUUCUCCCGUGGUUCCCCCUCAUCCCGGGGGUCCCCCAAUUCCACCUAAUACCCACAGCCCCGCAGAAUCCAUGGAUUCCCUCCUUUUCCUCUGCGCCCGCCGCAUCGUCGCCCACCGCCCUCUUCCCGCCCUUCCCGCCGAUCUCUAUCCCGUCCUUUUCCAAGCGGCAUUCCUGGAUGGGAGACCCCUGGUCCUGCGGGAUUUGGUGGCCGCUUGGCCUUUCCCGGUGCUCAACUUCCAGCGGCUGGUGGGGCGCCGGGAGCUGCUCCGGGAUCAUCCCUGCAAGCUCUGCGUCCAGGCCGUCAUCCUGGCCGUGGUGGCGCAGCUCCGGCGGGAGCUGGAAGAGCCCGACCGCGAUUCCAGCCUGAGGGUGCUGGAUAUGACGGGACUCCCGGAUUCCGCGUCCGGCCGCGCUCCGGACGGGAUGAGCGUCUGGUCCGGAACCGUGGCUUUGGCCAAGGCUUGCGUGGAGGUUUCCAAGCACCAGCGGGAAUUCCAGAGGCGCGGAUCCAAGCGGCACAAAGGCCGCUCCGGAGCCGCCACGGCCGCGGCCGCUCCGCAGCCCCCGGGCGUCGACGUCCACGCCGACCUGUUCGUCAACGGAACGUCCUACGGGAUCCUGCGCGACGCGCUCCAGACCGGAGCCGCCGGCCCGCUGCGCCUCAAGUGUCGCGAAUUCCAAGCGGAGGAACUCUCGGCCUCCGGGAUCGUGACUUUGUUGGAAUCCUUGCAUCCUUCCCACGUGCGGAGGGUGGAUCUGCGCUUCAACAAUUUGGGAUUGACCGGGCUCUCGGUGAUCCUGCCGCACCUCUCGCGCUUCCCGGAGCUGCGCAGCCUCAAGCUCCAGUACAGCAACGUGGACGUGCGGCGCCCGACGCCGGAAUCGGCCAUCGGGAUCCGGUGCCUGGCCGGGCAGCUGGGAAUGCUGCCCAGCCUCCGGGAGCUCAACCUGGGAUCCUCCCGGCUCUCCGGGAACCUGCGCCAGAUCCUCUGCGACCUCCAGGCUCCGUUGGAAAGCUUGGAAUUGGCCUUCUGCUCCCUCGUUCCCGCCGACCUCGCCUUCCUCUCCCAAAGCUUCCACGCUCCCGCCCUCAAAAGGUUGGAUCUGAGCGGCCACGACUUCUCCCAAGGCCUCCUGGAGCCGCUCCGGCUGCUCCUGGAGGAAACCUCGGCCUCGCUGCUGCACCUGGAUCUCAUGGAAUGCCGCAUGGCCGACUCCCACCUGGACGCGCUGCUCCCGACGCUCCGGCGCUGCUCCCGCCUGCGCUUCCUGGGACUCUACGGCAAUUCCCUGUCCACGGCCGCGCUCAAGGAUCUGCUCCAGAAAACCCUGGAGCUGCCCGAUCUCCACCUGGUCGUGUAUCCCUUCCCUGUCGAUUGCUACAAGCCGGAGCCGUCGGAAUCUGAUUGGAAUUUUGAGGAACCCAUGGAUGGGGAGCUUUUGGAGGCGGCCGAGGCGGAGUUUUCCCAAAUGCUGGCGAAUUCCGGGAGAACCGACCUCGUCUGGACUUCCAAUCCCUACGGCCACGGAGCCCUGGACUACUUCUCCCUGUGACUCGGGAAAAGCUCCAUCCCUCUUCCUCCUCCUUUCCAAAAUCCAGUCGUUUUCCGCCUCA